GGGAGUUAGAGCGAGGAGUCGACGGAGCUGUCAAACAGCAACAAUCAUCUGAAACAUUAUCCCGGGCGGUGCAACAACCACCGUACUUUGCUCUUUUGUGGAAACAAGGACGACGGAGGCAGACUUCAAGUUCACUCUGUGCAUUCAGCCUUUUUGGGAAUUUGGACUUUUAAAACCGUCGGCGACGAAAAACUUCCUGUUUAGUGUGUGUGAGUGUUGGUGGCUCUCAGGCUAAUGUUUGGUAGCUCCUCGGUUAGCUACAGUUUUGUUGACAAACUACAUCAAGCUAGCUGUAGUCGCACAGGAGCUGCGGUACCAACUCUGCUGUUGCGGGUCUUCGCUUGUCUGUUUUCUAAAGAUGAUACCCAGCAAAGGCAUGGAGCCAAGGAGCUGUUCCUGCAAACAUCUCUGUGAAACUGUACCAGGUCUGCAGGGGCUCACUAUACAUCUGUCAAACCCUCUGCUCCUGGUGGACUCCCCAGUUACAAGCAGCGAGGAACUGGACUAGUGGAAAACAUCUUGGAUCCAGCCAGGGUGUGUCACCAGGGGUGCCCUGAACAACAUUUUAAACUGAAGUCUAUGUGUGUAACAUAUUCUCUCUCAGGACACAAACUGAGUAAAUCCUGUGCCGCUGUGGAACCCUCGGCACCAUUAAAACAAUCUAGUCCUCUUGUCAUGUGGGUACAUUACAGAAAAAGGCCCAUAUUACCCUUACUGGUAUCACCGUCUUUCACAUCACCAUGGACCGGAAUAAACGCAACUCCAUCGCUGGGUUCCCGACACGACCCGAACGUGUCAACGAGGACAGAGCUGGUAUCGGAGGGGUAGGGGCCUGCGAGAUGGGCAUGGGCGCGCCUUCACAGGUGGGCAGGGUGUGGCCAUCAUCCUACAGAGCCCUCAUCAGUGCCUUCUCCUGUCUAACACGCCUUGAUGACUUCACUUGUGAGUGGAUCGGAUCCGGAUUCUUCUCUGAUGUCUUCAAGGUACGUCAUCGAGCUUCAGACCAAGUUAUGGCUCUGAAGAUGAACAAGCUCAGCAGCAACAGAGCUAAUAUGUUGAGAGAGGUCCAGCUAAUGAACCGGCUUUCCCAUCCAUUCAUACUCAGGUUCAAGGGAGUGUGCAUCCACGAGGGCCAGCUCCACGCUCUGACAGAGUACAUUAAUGGUGGAAACCUGGAGCAGCUUAUAGACAGCAACAAACACCUGAGCUGGCCCACCAGGGUGAAACUUGCCUAUGAGAUCGCCAGCGGCCUGGCCUAUUUGCACUCCAAAGGCAUAUUCCACCGGGACCUCACCUCCAAGAACUGCCUGAUCAAAUGUGAUGACAGCGGCUACACGGCGGUGGUGGGAGACUUUGGCCUGGCAGAAAAGAUCCCCACCAAUCUCGCUGAAAUAGAGAAACUGUCAGUGGUUGGUUCUCCUUUCUGGAUGGCUCCAGAGGUGCUGAGAGACGAACGCUACAACGAGAAGGCCGAUGUAUUCUCCUAUGGGAUAGUCCUGUGUGAGAUGAUUGCGAGGGUCCAGGCUGACCCUGACUAUCUUCCCCGCACAGAGAACUUCGGCCUGGACUAUCACACGUUCCAGCACAUGGUUGGAGACUGUCCGCCUGACUUCCUCCAGCUGGCCUUCAACUGCUGCAAUAUGGACCCUAAACUCCGACCAUCCUUCCCAGACAACGUCAAGCACCUCGAGGAGAUUCUCGCACGCCUUAAAGUUGAAGAAAUGGAGCACGAGUGCGUCCCACUCAGUGGGGAAAACGACAAGAAGACCAUACCCAAAGGUGAGAAGCUCCAGGGCUUCAAGCGACUGAAUCCUCUCGGUUUCCAGGAUGAUAAAAUCCCUCAGAAAUCGCCUCGCCCCCGACGAAACAUCUGGCUCAGCCGCAGCCAAUCAGAGAUCUUCUCCUGCAAACCAGGAAGAAAAGUCAAUGUCCAGGACCCUUACUAUGAGCCCCCCAUCGCCCAGCGAGCCUCUAAAGCUCGCAAGAUCAACCCGUUCACCGCCCGAGAGGACCUGUGUGGGGGCAAGAUCAAGUUUUGCGAUGUGCCCAGCAAGUCCGUCUUCUCGCUGAUGUUUGACCUUCGCUCACCUCCGGGGAGUGUGUUCAGUAACCAGCCGUCUGCUCAUGGACCUGGAGGAAGCCAACAGGAGACGUCUUACUUCUGGCAGCAGUUGCCAGGACGACAGUGUCAUUCCGUACCAGUUUCCCCCGUGCUGCCCCGAUUCGAGUUCUUCCCCCUCGCUGCUGUCGUUAGCUCCAAUAACAACGGUUCUGUUACCUGUAACUCCAGCCAGCUCUCCACAACUCUGCCAGCAACUAACUCCAGGUCUGACGCGGGCCAGACGGGAAAUGAUGUCCGGCAGAAGACAGUGCAGAGUGGCUGGGCAAAGAAAUACGUCAUGGUUGAGAUCCCACCUUACUGCAGGCAGAGAGGGGGGGAGGAGGAUGAAGAGGUGGAGGGGAGGAAAGAGGGAAGUGAGGAGGAUGUGUUUGGGGAGAACUGGUCUCCGAUGGUACCCAGCUCUGAGAAGAAGAGUGGAGAGGCGAUGGACUGCUCCAGCAGCCUGGAGGAAGAGGAGGAACGAGAGCGAGAGAGAGGGACAGACACCUGCCCCAUGUAACACACACACACACACACACACACACACACACACAUACAUGGAGGAGGUGAUGGAUUUGGACAAGAGAGGGGGACUUUUAAUCCUGGAUGGAGGACAUGGAGGUAGUAGAACGACAGACCGGUCACAUUUCAUUUCAAGAUUUUGGAAAAACUAAAUAGAAAAGAAAAAAACACUUGAUUUUUAUCUUUCAAGUGUUUUUUUUAUCUUUUUUAAUUUUUUUUCUUUCAGUCACAUGUUGAUUCAUAAAUCGAGCACACCUGAUGUAGAUAAAGAACUGUCUUUCAAAGCUGUUAUCACCCAGGUGUGACGGGACAAUUCUCCAUUUAGCACAAAAAAAAAGCUUUUAUCAACACAAUGGACACUCAGCAUAGAGAUUAUUUUUUUGAAAAGGUUGUUUAUAUUUAAUAUUGUGAGAUGAUGUAGAUUUCUUUCCUAUAAAGGUUUCUUAUAGGCGUCUUGUGUAUGAAGAGGGGUAUUGAAGAUCCCUUGUGUUGUGUAUGUGAGUGUUUAAAAAUCAAAGUGCUUUGAUACUUUCCCCCCCCCCGUGUUCUUUGUUAAACAAAUGUUUAUACUAAAUCAAACAAAUCCCUUAUUUUUCUGAUUAACAAGAUGCUGAUAUUCAGAUGAGAAAAUUAACAGGUGAUUUUUAAUAACUGAGUGCCUGAAAAACAACAGGAGACAGAUGUUUCAUCACAAACCGUCCUAGCAACCCUGAACUAGACUGCAGUUGUAAGAUAAUUUACAUCAAGUCUCCUCCAACUAAUUCACAGGGAACUCUGCCUAGCAGCAGAAAUAGUGAAUUUAGAGAGGACAUGGUUUUAGUUUUGGGUUUCAUCGAGCCACUUGAUGACACAGUGGUCUUUUUGUUUGGUCAGAAGCACUACAAAUCAGUCAAACAAACACCAUUCAACAGUCAAAGCAGAGCAUUCACAAGCAGUGUUGUUGGGACAUCAAAUCCUGAAAAGGGAGAGCAGAGAAGAGAAGCAGCGCGCCCGUAAAUUAAACCGGCUAAGGUGCUGUGAAAAAACGCUUAUAAUGUCAGGGAAAACCCUGGUUUUCAUAAAUUGCAUCUACAUUUUGGCAAAUUCCACCUUUUACAGCUGAUUCUAUUUUUAUUAUCAGAUUCCGUGAUUCCGUCCGUAUUUUCCGCAUUGUGGAAAUCAUAGGAGCAGCUCUAAUCAUGGCUACCACUUAGAUACUUCCGGGUCAUUUCACUCAGUUGGGAACUUUCCUAAGCAAAAAAAGACAAUUCAAGUGCAGCGUUUGUGUUCCCUGAAGAUGGGAAAUCAAUCAUAUGGCACUUAACUUAUAGCAAAAGCCAGCAUUAAUGUAAAUUAUGCAUCAACUAUACAAAAAGAAAGAUGAUUCACUGUGUCAAAAUUCUGCAGAUAUGUGUUGAAACAGUGUUAUGAAACAAACCGUGAUUAAUGCUGAUACAAAUUUUUCAGUCUACCAGAAAGUUGCCAUGGGUUUCAUUGUUUCAACAUGAUGCUGGUGCUGAGAUGAGGAGAGGCUUUCCUGGUUUGACUAUGUCGUGUAUGCCGCCUGCUACCUUCAAUUUAUACUCUCCCAUGCAUGUCAACAUUUCAUGUGGUUCAAAUUUUCUAAUUUAUGAAGCAAUAAUUUAAGUAAAAUCCCGCACAAACGCCACUAAAUUCCAUCUCAAUCAUAGCGUUGUAAAGACAAAAGAAAACCAGUGAACUUUACUCACCUAUAAACUCAAAAGAGACUUCAGUUAAUGGAAUAAUUUAACUUAAAAGGAGCACAUGACUCACAGAAUACAGCUCGGGUUGGAUGAAUAAUAUUUUCGUUUGAGGGAAACGGGCACAACCGCUUUCAGUUCUUUCCAUUCAGAUGUUGAUCCAUCCUGAUCCAGCCUGAUGUUGAGUUUUCCGCUCUGUUGUGAGGAAAAUAUCCAAACCAGACCGAAGAGCUGAGCUGAGUAGUGUUUGUUCUAUCACAAAUUAUUAGUACUUAACAAAUGAUUUUCUUUUAAUUGGAGCACAUUCCCAAUCUGAAGCUAAAUGUCCCACAACUCAGACACACUCCAUUAUGUGGAUGCUUUUAACAUUUGGUUUAAUUUGUCAUAUUAAAUUGGUGAUCUCAUGACAUUUUCUACUUUUAUUUUAUCUGAACACACUCAAGUGAAUAUCUGAAAUAGACUUCCUUGGGUCAAAGGCAUCUCCUCUUCAUUUCUCAACUAAAUGACUGCUAUGAAAUGAGAUAUAUGUAUUUGUUGUUUAUUUCCAGCACUUGGUUAUGAUGCUCUCUGCUGAUCUCAGUCCGAUAGGAACUAAAAUGCACUUGUACAGUUAAAUAUACGGCGAUCUCCUCUGAACUUAUCACUACUCUUCUAUGCAACCGAUGUUAACUUUUAUGACACUGUUUUACAGUAUAAAGGAUCUAAUUUGAUAUUUAUGAGAAAAACAUUUGUAAUGUCUUACCGUUGUAUAUAAUGUUUGUUACCUGCCUUGAUGAAUACAGAAUUUGCUUUCAGAUUUGA